AACAGCGAAUUCGUUCGCCGGCUCCCAACAAGAACGCGUCGUCGCCGACAUAUACAGCGUGAGCGCCAACCUAACCGAGGGGGAGCAUACCUAUAGAUAUAACCGCUAUUAAUCCUACGGUCGUGGGCGAGUCGGUUCGUGAAAAUGGCCGGGGAAAAGCGCAGCAAGGAUCAGGACGAGAUCUCACUCGCGAAGACGGUACUCGUCGACAUCGAAGGCACCACCACGAGCAUCAGCUUCGUGAAGGAGACUCUCUUUCCCUAUGUGCGUCAGAAUCUAAAAGACUACAUUGAGACGAAGUGGGAGAAUGAGGAGUUCAAGCAAGAUUACGAAAAGUUAAAGGAACAGGCAAAAAAGGACGAAGAAGCAAAAUUAGAAGGCUUUGUUGCAAUUACUGGUGACAAACCCGAAGACGAGAAAGAUUCACUUUUGAAAAAUGUUUUGUGGCAAAUGGAUAACGAUCGUAAGACAGCUGCAUUAAAGCAACUGCAAGGACAUAUGUGGCGUGAAGCAUAUAAAACAGGCACAGUCAAAGGACACAUUUAUGAAGAUGUUCCUAAAGCGAUUGAAUCAUGGACAAACAGUGGUCGAAAGAUAUAUGUCUAUUCAAGUGGCAGUGUCGAAGCACAGAAGCUUCUUUUUGAAUAUUCUGUACAUGGUGAUUUGCUUAAGUAUUUCAACGGUUUCUUUGAUACAGAAGUAGGUGCAAAGCAAGAAAAUGACAGCUAUAAAAAUAUAUUAAGUAAAAUCGGUGAAAAACCUUCCAAUGUUGUUUUUCUUACCGAUGUUGUAAAAGAAGCCGCAGCUGCCAAGGAAGCAGGUUUAUCAACAGUGAUUGUAGUACGUGAGGGUAAUGCUCCACUAACUGAUGAAGAAAAUGUUACAUAUACAACUAUUAAGUCCUUUUUGGAUUUGACAUUUCAAACGUCAACAAAACGGCAGAAAAUAGAAACAACAGAUGACAAAAUUGAUAAAGGUACAGCUGAUGUCAGUGAGCCGAUGGACACUUCCGAAGAUGUAGAAAUGCCCAAUGUCAGUGAUAAAAAAAUUGAAAAAAAAGAUGCAAAAGAAGUAACUGAAUCAAUAGAAACAGAAUGUGCCAAGGACAAGCCAUCAGAAAAUACUUCAAUUUCAUUAGGGCAAGUGGAAGAAUCAGCGGUAGAUAAAAAAGAUCUUUCAAAUACUGAACAGGAGAUAACAGAAUCUAAUGUCAAAUCCAAGGAAAACACAAAUGAGGAUUCAGGUUCCUCUGAAAAGGCAAAAAGUGCCGCGAAAGAUGAUGUUGCCACACUAGCCACAAAAGACAAUGAUAAAGACAUUGCAGAGAAGACUGAAAAAAAAUUAGAUACAACUGCAACUGAAAUUACUACUGCAGCCGACGAUUCCAUGGACGUAUCCGUACCAGAGCCUGCAUCAAAGUCUGAGACGACUAUCGCGUCUUCCGAGAAAAAGAUCGAAGAUUCCACAGAUGUUACAAAAGAUAUACAAGCUGAAGGUGUCGAUAAAACUGAAACGAUUAAAAGUGAUGAAAAGGCAGAUAACAUUGCAUCACAAUCACAAACUUGUGACAAAAAUAUAACAAACAAAUCCGAAGAAUGCUUGACAGCGAAAAAAGAUGAAGUAAAAGAAGAAUCAAAGAUUAUUUCAGAUACACCUGAAAGCGAGAAUAUUUUAGCAAAGAGCGAACAGGAAGUAACAAAAAUGGAGACAGAUGUCACAGAAAAUGGGGAGACAGAAACAACUACGGAAAAAACUACGGUAUCGGAAACGGUAACACAAAAGGAAGAAACAGUUACGGAUGUAAGGAAAGAAGCAGCUGUAUCAGAAGUAUCUGCAGAGAAGAGUUUGGAAAUAAUUACAGAAUCUGAAAAAUCCAAUGAAAAGGCUCAAGGAAUGAAAACUGAGACUACUGAUGCUGAUAAAUGCGAGACUGAAACUACGCAACAGGAGACAAUAAAAGAAGAGGAGUCAGUGAAAGAAGAGAAUGUAGUGGAUACAAAGGACAAAAAUACGGUAGAUUCGGAAAAGCAAAAACUCAAUGGAACCACACAAAACGGAAAUACGGAUGUGCCAGUGUUGGAUGAUAAAUUACAUAGUAACGGACUGAAUGAAGGGCCAUCGAAGGAGACAACGAACGAAGACGCGGCAGCGCAAAACGGUGAGCCUGAGAGUUUGUCGGAAAGUAGUGCGGAAUCUAUAAAAGUUAAAAAAGUCGUCGAUUCCGCCGUAGCCGACGGUGCCGGAGAACCCGAUGUUGUUCCUCCUGUAGUUGUAGCGGCGACGUCUUAACUUUGUUCUUAUACAGUUUAAGGAGCCCUUCAUGCAUAACCCCAAUCCAUAAGUACUUAUUCGCAGGUAUAAACUGAUAUUAAUUGAUCCCAUGUAUACUUUAUGUAAAUCGUACUACGUAACGCGCUACUUUAAGAUGCAAUUCGUAAAACUAUCGUUUGUUUUGGCGGCUCUAUAACGAAAGAAAAUAGAAAAAUAGUAUAGUACGGAAAGACGCUUCAAAUUUUCUUAAUUAUUUAGAU